UAUAGUGUAAUUUUGAGAAAUGGCCGAUUCCAGAGCAAGCUCUACAGAAAACUUACUGCUAGAAAACGAUGAAACAGCCGAAAAAAGUCUUCAAAACGCUGCUGAACAUAGCAGGAAAGAAUCACCAAAAACUAUAAUUUUGUUUUGUAUGUUUGGAUUUAUGGUGUGUUUUCUAGCUGGAGCUGUAUUAACUGCUGCCGAGGAUAUCCUAGAAAAGGAUUUAACAGAGCAAACAGGUGUCGUAUGGGUUGUUUACUCCAUUCCAUUUCUAGUAUUCACUGGCUUCGUGACCUGGAUUUUUGAUCGAGUAUCUACCAUCAUCAUCGUUGUAUCGUUCUUCCCUUUGAUGGUGUUUGGUAUAGCAUUUUUGGCACUCCCCAAUAUCACGUGGUUAAAGCUUGUUGGAGUCUUUCUGGUUGGAACGGUAGACUGCGUUUCUGAAGUUACAGCUGUAGCGUUAACAGCUUACUUUGACCGAGUCACUAUCAUGGCCUUUUGUAUUGGUAGUGGAGUGUCGUAUGUCAUUGGCCCGUUAUAUUAUACAGCAAUGACAAGCUGGUUUAAAAUCCAUCCCAAGGUCGUUCUCAUAACACUUGUGAUACAUCCCAUCGGAUUUCUGUCUGGAUUUGUUCUCCUUGAAAAGCGACGGGAUAAGUUCCGUUCCAACAGCUUCUUAACAACAGAUACCAAAACACUUGAAAAAACUGACUACUUAUCAUUCAAAUCCAAAUGUCGACAAAGUUGUCUUCUUCUACCAAAAAUCCUUCAAUUGUUUCUGAGCUUCGCAUUCAACGACCUUGCGGUCAGCGGUGUUACAACAAGCAUCGCGUUCAAAAACUCUCCUUUUUCUCCUGCAGAUCAUUACAAAUAUUACCUCAUGGCAUCUUUUGGUGGUCUGUGCCUUGGACGUGCGUACCUUGGUAUAGUGGAAUUAAUCAAACCUGGUUGGGCGGAUAAGAUUCUUAUUCGACGCACUUGGACAUUGGUUGCCUUGACAAUUUGUCACGUGAUAAUCUUGGUGCUGGCUUCCAUAUAUAGAUUUCUCCCGAAUGUGUGGGUCACAAUGAUUUUAGUGUUUUCUUUAGGGUUUUGGAGCGAAGCGGUGUUCACCAAUAUUAGUGUAAUAUUAGGUGAACAAGAAGACUAUCGAAUGAGGGAAUUGUCUUUGGGAAUGUCAGUCUAUGGUAUUGGCCUUGGUAAUCUAGGAGGAUCGGUCUUGUCGGGGUACAUCGAAAAACCACUUGUCAUGCACUGUUUUCAUACUCUUAAGCACAAUAGCCUGUGUUUUACGAGAAAACUAUAACGCAGGAUUUUGUAGACUUAUAAUAAGUAUAAGAAUAAUUUUAAGUCCAUCAUACAAUCCUCAUAUAUAAUAUGUGUCCCCUAGGUAAGAUACUUGUAAUCUAGCUAGAUGGUUAUUGACACCGUACGUUGAAAGUUUCUAUUCUAUAGACACCGCACGGCCUACAUUACUUUACAAUAGAGGAGUUUACGCUUGACGAUGAAUUAUGGGUAAUCAGGACAGACAAGAUUACAAAAGGGCGAUGGGGAAAGAGAUACGUUUUCAAAUGAUAUUUCGUUUCUGAGUUAAACAUCCCAAACCAAACUUGUUCUGUAGAUUGAUAAUCGACUAUUCAAUGUUUUGUAGCUUUUUUUGUGCAGAUCGGGUCAUUCUUGCUUGUGCACGAUUUUUUUUUUUUUUUUCAACGAUCAAAUUGAGCUAUUUUCAUCGAGUCUUAUCGCAAAUCUACUGCCUCCGUCCUUCUGAUAAUCAGUGUUUAUAUGUGGCUCAAUUGGCCACAAUAUAUGGAAUAGAGG